UACUUCGACCCAAAGUUACGAGUUACGACCCAAAGUGCCCGUGAGAGACCACCGCUAGAAUCCGUAGCCCUUCGCGAGUCGAAAAACCGAAAAACGCGAUGUUGACCAACCUGGCCAAGCUGUCCGUCGUGCGCGGCGUCUCGCAGACCGUGACCAACGGCCUGAAGCCAGCGGCGGUCGGUGCGGCAAAGGCCGAAAAGAAGUCCGCGAGCGCUGCAGGUCAGAUUCCCGUCGUGACCGUCGCUUCUGGCAGUAACCUGCCGCGGAACAAUAUUCGCGUGGUUUCGGGCGUAACAGGUGCCACACAGAUCCGGUUCGCCCAUACCGACAUUCGGGUGCCAGAUUUCUCCGAGUACCGCCGGGAGCAGGUGAAGCGCCCGAACGCCAAGAACGACAGUGCAGAUGACCGGGCCGCAUUCACGUACCUCCUCGUCGGAGGUGCGGCUGUGUCGACCGCGUACGUCGCCAAAUCGCUCGUGUCUACGUUCAUCAGCUCUAUGAGUGCCUCGGCCGACGUUUUGGCCAUGUCGAAGAUUGAAAUCAAGCUCGGCGACAUCCCGGAGGGCAAAUCGGUGACGUUCAAGUGGCGCGGCAAGCCACUGUUCAUCCGCCACCGUACCGCACAUGAAAUCGAGGCAGAACAGUCUGUUGCCGUCGCUACGCUGCGUGAUCCCCAGAAUGAUGCCGAACGAGUCCAGAAGCCGGAGUGGCUGAUUGUGAUCGGUGUCUGCACGCAUCUGGGUUGCGUACCGAUUGCGAACGCCGGUGACUUCGGCGGUUACUACUGUCCGUGCCACGGUUCCCAUUACGACGCUUCGGGCCGCAUCCGGAAGGGCCCGGCUCCGCUCAAUCUGGAGGUACCGUACUACGAGUUCCCGCAGGAAGGUCUGCUAAUUGUCGGUUAAGGGACCUUCUCUGGACGAACCCUCUCACCCGUCAGCUAAGUAGUAAAUCUAUCGAUCCACAAUCGUUUUUCCCGUGCCCUCGACAUAUAAACACCUAACUCUUGCUGCGGUAUGGCCCUGCGAGGCACAUGAAAUGGAGCAAACUUGCUGAAAGGCUGAUGGACCCGCGUCCAAUUGUUGUAAGUAUUUGACGGAUCCAUCGCUAAAAGCUACCGACGAUUACCAAACCAAAAACCCGUUUCUCUCGUCUUUCCUCGGGAGCGAAUAGUAGAAAGAAGCACAGCAAAGCAGCAGUUAAUAAAUUGAUUGGUAACGUUUA